AUGAAAAGGCAAAAUCAAAGCUCUGUGGUUGAAUUCAUCCUCCUGGGCUUCUCUAACUUUCCUGAGCUUCAAGAGCAGCUCUUUGGGGCUUUCUUGGUGGUUUACCUGGCGACCCUGAUAGGAAAUACCAUCAUCAUAGUCAUCAUCUCCCUGGACCAGAGCCUCCAUGUCCCCAUGUACCUGUUCCUCCUGAACCUGUCCCUGGUGGAUGUGAGCUUCAGUGCAGUCAUUAUGCCUCAGAUGCUGGUGGUUCUCUCCACUGAGAAAACAUCCAUCUCAUUUGUGAGUUGUUUUGCACAGAUGUAUUUCAUUCUUUUCUUUGGUGGGGCUGAAUGCUUUCUCCUGGGGGCAAUGGCUUAUGACAGGUUUGCUGCAAUCUGUCAUCCUCUGAGCUACCCAAUGCUUAUGAACAAAAGGGUUUUCAUGAAGUUAGUAAUGUUCUCCUGGGCCUCAGGGGUCAUGGUGGCUACUGUGCAGACCACAUGGGUUUUUAGUUUUCCCUUUUGUGGCCCCAGUGAAAUCAACCACAUCUCUUGUGAGACGCCCCCAGUGCUGGAGCUUGCAUGUGCUGACACCUUUUUGUUUGAAAUCUAUGCAUUCACUGGCACCAUUUUGAUCAUCAUGGUUCCUUUCCUGUUGAUACUCUUAUCUUACAUUCGAAUCCUCUUUGCCAUCCUGAAGAUGCCAUCCACCACUGGGAGGCAGAAGGCCUUUUCCACCUGUGCCUCGCAUCUCACGUCUGUCACCCUCUUCUAUGGCACAGCCAGUAUGACUUACUUACAACCCAAAUCAGGCUACUCCCCAGAAACCAAGAAACUGAUGUCAUUGGCUUACUCACUUCUCACGCCUUUGCUGAAUCCACUGAUCUACACCUUGCGAAACAGUGAGAUGAAAAGAGCUUUGAUGAAAUUCUGGCGAAGAAAGGUAGAUUUGCGCACAUUCUGA